AUUUGGACGUCGCUGCUGCUGCACUUGAAUGUCAACUAUCCGUUUUUUGAAAUUUAAUUUUUUAUUCAUCCCUUCCGAGCCGCGCCGCAACACACCCUGCCCGUCAUCUUUGUCUACUCGCAGAAAAAAAGCGGCAGAUUUCUGCUGAUGCAGUGAUGUCUGGAAAUGUCAAGGGCUCGCUUAUUGCCCCUUAAUGUAUCUCCCCCCUGAAUUGCAGCGCAAGAUUUUCUCCUGCGGUAUACUGUAAGCUGUUCACACCACCGUGCCGCCGCGCGAGCAGCUCCCGACGCUGCAGUUUUGCCUUUUCUCUCUUUUCGCUCCUUUUUCCACCUCAGGCUUUCCUCGUUUAGACUCACCUGAUUUUCAUCUUGUUUCUAAAGAUUUGAGGACACUUUGAGACGGACACAAUUAGGAUGGCGAUGAGAAUAGUACGGCUCUAGGAUUUUUUUUUUAGGUAGGUGCAAUGUAAAGUUGCCACCUGACACCCACUGCUGCCUUGUCGUUGGAUGAUUUUACUCGAGGAUAAGACGCAUUCAAGACCUUUCAAGACCAGCCCACGAGGCAGCAGUAACAACAGCAGCAGAUGCACUGGAGAGCAGCAAUGGUCAAGUCAGCGAGAACCGCAGUGGAGCCGCACUGAGGCAGAGCAGCCAACCAGCCCCCUCGCAUCUGGGGACGUCUCCAACAACUUAAGGGGUGUGGGAAGCUGAGGAGUGGAAAAAUUUGCCCCCAAACCUGAAUGCCUGCUCGGUCAGACUAAUCGGGAUCCCAACACAACUCCUCCCCCUCCACCUCCUCCUCCUCCUCCUCCUCCUAUUUCCCAAAAUGACCGUGGUAGCAGGAGAUAACAUGGAUGAGACCUCGGCUGUCCCGGGCCACCCUCAGGACACCUAUCCCCCAGACCACAAUGACCACGAAUGCUGCGAGAGGGUGGUCAUCAACAUAGCCGGUCUCAGGUUUGAAACGCAGUUGAAAACUCUGUCCCAAUUUCCAGAGACAUUGCUUGGCAACCCCAAAAAGCGGAUGCGGUACUUUGACCCUCUGAGGAAUGAGUACUUCUUCGACAGGAACCGCCCCAGCUUUGAUGCCAUCCUCUAUUACUACCAGUCCGGGGGUCGGCUGAGAAGACCAGUGAACGUCCCGUUGGAUAUGUUCUCAGAAGAAAUCAAAUUUUACGAGCUGGGAGUGGAUGCAAUGGAGAAGUUUCGUGAGGACGAGGGUUUCAUCAGGGAGGAAGAGCGUCCUUUACCUGAGAAGGAGUUCCAGCGUCAGAUUUGGCUCCUCUUCGAGCACCCGGAAAGUUCAGGAACUGCGAGAGGAAUUGCCAUAGUGUCUGUGAUGGUAAUCCUGAUUUCAAUAGUCAUAUUUUGUUUAGAGACUUUACCACAGCUUAAAGAGGACCCGAGGGGUCGAAUGAUUGCAGUUGGGAACACUACUGUUUAUUAUAAGCCAAAUAUUCUCACUGACCCCUUCUUCGUCAUUGAGACUCUCUGUAUAAUCUGGUUCUCCUUUGAGCUGAUCGUACGCUUUCUGGCGUGCCCGAGUAAACCGGCCUUCUUCAAGAACAUGAUGAACAUGAUCGACAUAGUGGCUAUCAUCCCCUACUUCAUCACACUCGGCACUGAGCUGGCCGAAGACCCAGAAAACGAGGGAGUCGGGGAGCAGGCAACAUCUCUGGCCAUCCUCAGGGUGAUCCGUCUGGUCAGGGUGUUCAGGAUCUUCAAGCUGUCACGGCACUCCAAAGGACUGCAGAUUUUGGGGCAGACCCUCAAGGCCAGUAUGCGAGAGCUGGGAUUGCUGAUCUUCUUUCUGUUCAUUGGAGUCAUCUUGUUCUCCAGUGCUGUCUACUUUGCUGAGGCAGAGGAGGAAGGAUCCUUCUUUGGCAGCAUCCCGGAUGCAUUUUGGUGGGCUGUUGUGUCUAUGACAACUGUUGGCUAUGGGGACAUGGUCCCGGUCACUAUAGGAGGCAAGAUAGUGGGAUCUCUGUGCGCCAUUGCUGGAGUGUUGACAAUUGCACUCCCAGUGCCUGUCAUUGUGUCCAACUUCAACUACUUCUACCACAGGGAGACCGAGGGAGAAGAGCAGGCCCAGCUGCUCAACGUCAGCAAUCCCAACAUCCCCUCUGAAACCAACUCCAGCCGCCGUAGUUCGUCCACCGUCAGCAAGUCAGAGUACAUGGAGAUUGACGGAGACAUAAACAAUAGCAUCGACAACUUUAGGGAGGCAAAUCUCAGAACUGGCAAUUGCACUAUAGCCAACCAAAACUGUGUAAAUAAAAGCAAGCUGCUUACAGAUGUUUAGACACUAGUUAGGAACUUUGGGAUCUCUAUGGGACUGUCAUAUGUGGAGUAGACCAUCAGUUAGGAAUGCUUCAUUUACCUCCUCAAAGCGCUCUAUGGCAAUAGGCCUAAAACUACGCUCAGCUAUAUAGAAAGGAAAAUCAAAGCUCUUAGCGUAUAUGACAGGUAGAUAGAAUAAUUAAUUCCUCUGAUCCUACAAAUAUAUAGGUUCAUCAAAAAGAAAACAUUACGCAUAUCCACGGCUCCCUGGAGGACGCAGAGCACACACCGUCUCAUCAGAUGAUGGCGUGAUAAUUAAAAUCUUAUGCAUGGAGUACAGAUAACAUUUCAGCAAGUUGCACAAUGCACCAGAAAAGUCUGCAGAGACAUGCAAGCACCUGCAGCUGAAGUGGUAAGCGCCAUGAAGUUAGGUGACCCCCCUCCCCCCUCUGCUCCCUCCUUCCUCCUCCUCUCUCCUCCCUCCCCUACAAAGGAUAUCUACUAUUCAGCAAAGCACCUUAUAGGAGGAAGACUGAUCUCUCUUGUUUGGAUGUAAACCGAUGGUGAUCUACUUGCUUCACGGACAUCCGCAAUGCUGCUGUUUUCCAGCAGAUGCUGUAAUUGUGAUAUCACCAAGUGAUUCAAUGCCAUGCCCUUUAGAUGCAACACAGCACAACGUUAAAGUGAGCUUCACACGAGCAUGAUUAGAGACUUUCCAUUUUGAUAUUGGCAUGCAUGAGACAUAUCUCACAUAAUGGAAAGGAUGUUCUUUUGGAUACCUGCCUCCAUCCCCCCUCCUUCUCAUCUGUUUUCAUACGAGUGCACUGGAUGAGUUCCUUAAUUUGAAAUACUAAUCAUUUAGAAGUAUAGAAAUUGAAUGUUAAACCUUAAGGGAACAGUACAUAAAUGAGAUCAUAGCAUGAAAAAAGUAACCUGCAUUAUGGUCUAUCGACUAAGGUACUUUUGUAUCCUGGUAUAUUUAAUGCAUGACAUGAGUAUUCAGCUUGUUGCAAUUCAGGCACUCUGCAGUGCCCUAUUGUCAGGGAAACUAAGGAAAUCAAAUUCUGGAUGUUUCUGAAUUGCAAUCAAAUAUAUCCAAACCCACCUUGAGGAUGCAGAGUUUCUAAUUUAAAAGUAGUCAAAGAAAUAAAUGUAUCAAAAAUGCAUAUAAUUAUAAUAAGCACCAAUUACAGUAUUACGUCAAUAGUGCAGUGCAUGGACCUUCUUUGAACAAGAAAAGUUAACAUAUCAUUAGUCAUGCUUCCAUUUCCACGUCAAAUUUGAGUACACAUUGGUUUAAUCCACUUCGAAAAGGAUCAAUACCAAAAUUUCACUUCGUAUUAACAGAGAAUAAUUCUGACAUUAGUUGCUAGUGCCUUUAUCCCUUUCACCAACAGGACCAGUGAAAGUGCCUCUGUGUACAAUUGGAUUUGUGAGGUUGAGCAGAGAUGGUUUACCCUCCGCUCUUGUGUUGAUACACUGUUGGUUGCCAGAUGAGCAAGGUAUAAACAGCAGGUGAUUGUGGUCAAAAACAACAAAAAAAUGAUCCAUGGCUGUUAUGCACAACCCAGUUUUCAUGCUGUCACACACUUAAUUAUGUCCUUAAGCAGCAAUGUAUUGUACUCUGCAUGUUUACCAAUCCAAUUCAAAAGGGAAUAUUCAUAGGUUUUAAACAUAUUUUAUUUAUGUCUGUUUCUGUUCGUGCACCGUGCAUCCUUUCAGGGUCUCUACCUCAGUGAGGUCAUUGCAAACUUGCUGCAAAGCUGCAAGCUUCAAUGCAGGGCUUCCUAUACCAUAAUGCAAAAUGGAACCUUAAGUGUAAACUGCAGUCAUGCAACAUUGAAUGUGAGAGUCCCGAAGCAUAGCCUUUACACAAGCACUUAGGACAAAAUAGUGUAUCACGAUCCCACCGCUCCUUUUGUUCACUUAAAGCUACGCACAAUCAGAACAUUCAUACGUUGAGAGUUUGUCAAGAUUGCUUGACUCUCCUAACAGGAUGAGAUUGACUGUUUUAUAUGUUCUUUGAAACAACGGUACCUAGAGUUACUGUUGUGUCACAGAAACACACUUGAAUGUGUUUGAACACGCAUGUGUAUAAGACGGUGGAGUUUUUAAAAAUCUGUCAUCCUGCAAUCUUUGGGCAUUAUGACGCACAGCAAAGUGCAGCCCGUCUUUUUGCACAAUCAUUCCUGUUCUGUUGCUUGAACCAUUUGUUUUGCGAGUGAGAUUUUUUUUUUUUUCACUGUGCUUGCUCAUAAGUAAUGCAUCGUUUCUCAGCAUGUUGUUCCAGACAGGCUAACUGCAGAUAGAUUUGGACAAAUUGUACUUGAAAAUCUCCAGCUACUGUACAUCAGUCUACAAUCAGCAUUGAGAUUAAUUCAAAUGAAAGUAAGGUUUUGCAAUGUACUGUACGUUAUUUAUUUAUUUUUUUAACUUAGCACUCUCCUGACAAGCUCCUGUAUAAAAAAAAUCCACUGCAGUGCUACUUGAAUGUCAUGUUGUUUCUGUUGGUGCAAUGGCUAUCCUUUGUGGUGCUAGUGCAGGACUACCAUUGUUGUCUUGUUACCAUCACACGUUAUGUUGGACAAGACUUUUUCUCAUUCUCUAAUUAUUGUUUUGUUUGAUUGGUGGCUGGUUGGGUAAUUUAGGGCGCUGUUUGUCAUUUUAUUUGGAACUGAUCUUUGUACUGUGCUGCUGAAGAGUGUCUGCCUCAGACGAGG